AUGUUCAGUCGCGCCAAAAUGCGUAAGUUUUUCUUCCUGAAUUAUCUAAUUGAAAAAAAAUAAAAUAAAAUUCAGACGAAGCUGUCGAUUUGAUUGACAAAAGAUUGGAACGUUUGCAAAACGAGAUUGAUUAUUGGAAAGACACAAGAUCGAAAAUGGAUAUGACGAAAUACACGCCGGUUCUGGAAUAUUUUGCGGGGCCGAGUCGCAACAAUUUUGUUGCGACCAAGGAAUUCAUUGAGAUUUCUGGUAGGCUAAUUUUCAAGAGAACUUUUUCACUCACCAGUUAGGAAAGUGGAUGAAAUUAAGGUCACAAGUAGUUUUUUUGGAUCAGAGAAUUUUAUUAUGCUUCCAAUUUCGCUCUUUGGAGCAAGUUUUGAGCCCUCAAGAAAAAACAGGUCAUUGUAGAUAUUCUCAAAAUAAUUUUUUUCAAAACCAAAUAGAAAUUGGUCACGGUUUCAUUGAAAAUACAUGUUACAAGCAUACUUUUGAAAUAAUCUUUUGAAUUGAGUUUCAGAUUUUAGAAAUCGAAACCCUUUCCUUUUCAAAAAUUAAGGCUAAAACAAAUCCACAAUUAAUUUUUCAGCCCGCCGAAGAAAGCCAGAAAUGCUGAUUAUCCCAAAAAAAGAGAAGAAAACUGAUUUUUCUCGGGAUUUCGAGACGGAAAAAGAAGUUGGAUAUAUAAGAACUCUUGUAGAAGCAGAGCAAGCGAAAACUAAACAAAAAGAGUUCGAUUUCAAUGACGUUGAAAAGUAUGUUUUUUUGAACUUCUUGAAGAAUCCAUAUCUCAAAUUUAUUUAGAAUGGCAGAAAAUCUGCAAAAUCGUUGUUCAAUGUCUGAACUCAAAAUUAAUGAGAAAACCGCUUUCACUGUUUUGCAAAAAAUGGAACGUGCUGGAAAAAUCGACCAAGAUGAGUUGUAUCAAUCAAUGCAAGUUCAAUUGUGCACAAAUUUUCUGUUUGCGAAUAGUGAGACUUCGAUCAGAGGUAUAGGAUAGCUUGAAUUUUAUCAAAAUGAGAUGAAAAUUUUUUUUUAGAACUCAUCUCUGAAUCAACUCGAAUUGUUGCAAUUAGAAAGAAGCAACUUCUCGAGGUAAGAUUAUAAUGAUUUUUUAAAAUUGAAAAUAUAAAAAUUUAAAUUCAAACAAAAAGUUUUCAGUUGUUCGAUUCUUCUCAAAAUAUGGACUAUUGUCUUCAACGCCGCGCUUGGAUUAAAUAUGAGAAAAAUUUGACUUUGCAAAAAAUGAUCUACAUUUUGUACGGGCUCAAACAAGGGUGCACGUUUGAGGAUUUGGAAAGAACUCAAAGCGAACUAAGCAUCGAAAAUCUCAAAUGA